AUGUUCUCUUUUCUGACAUCAGAAGUACUGGUCGUAAUUUUAUUCUUUCUACCUGCAAUAGUCCUCUCGUAUUCUUCUUGCACCAGAAGACCCGCCUAUAUGAAUAAAAGGAUCAAAAAUAGAAGUAAUAAAGAUGUAGGGAAGGUGCUAGAAACUUAUGUCUCAUUUGAUGUUGAAACAUCGGAUUUUGAUAAAUUGAUCAAUCCAGAGUUACUCUCAUCAAAGAAAAGUUUAAAUGAUACAUCAGAAAAGGAAGUGAAAAUAAUUAUUAAUGACUCCCCAAAGUUUUCGAAUCGAGAUUUAACCAAUAUAAAUGUGGAAAAAGACAAAAGAAUCGCCAGUUUUAAUGAAAAAAAAGAACAAAAAGAAGUUAAAAAUUAUGAAAAAAAGAAAAAUAUAUCUCAUGAUAAACAUUCGUGUAAGGAAAUAAAGGAUAAAUUCGCAAAUGGUCCAAUUAAAAACAGUAGCAAAGAACAUAGUGAUGAGAAAAAUAAUGUUUGCCCUAAUUUAAAAACAAAAGUAGUUGAACAAGAAUUAACACAAACAGUAAUUAAAGACAAUUUAAGAAAUGAAUUUGUAGAAAAUAAAAAAGAUCCAGGUUCUUUUUAUAACAAUAAAAAGAAAAGUCAAAAGGAAAUAGAAGUUAAAAACACAAGGAAGAGUAAUUUAGAUAAAAGGAUAGAUGAUUUAGAUAAAGAAAAAUCAAAUGGACGUUCGGGUGAACAACAUAUUAACGAAAACAAUAAGAAAUUAGUUACGAGUUCUGUGGAACCGGACAUUUUAAAAAGUAAUAACAUUAAGAAAUCUACUAAAAAAUCGAAAUGUAAACAUUCUAGUAGUAUUACCCCAACAACUUUGUCAACAGUAAAAAAACCAAAAUUAAAAUCAGGUACUAACCAGAAUUUUCAAAUUAAUAAAAGUAGUCAAGAAAAAAAAUAUAUAAACAGAGAUCAAAAACUUGUGCCAAUGGAGAAUUCUAAUAAUCUUUCUGUUGAUAAUAAAACUAAAACGAUUGAAGAGAAAUUAAAAAUAAUAAAAUCUUUUAAGAGUAUAGAUGAACGAAAAAGUAGAAAUAAAUUAAAAUCAAAUAAAGGGGUGCCCAAAUACAAUUUAGAUAAAGAUAAAAAAUCUAUAAAAAGAAGCAGCUUAUCUUCUUCAGCAAGAAAAAAGAAGAAAGAUAGUGAAAGAAAAAACAAAUCUAAAAGAAACGAAAAAAUUGAUUCUAAAAAAGUGAAAAUAAAAAAUAGAAAUAGUUCCUUUGAAAAAGUUAAUAAGAAACAACCUAAAGAUGUUAGUGAUAAAUCAUCAAAAAAGAAAAACUUCCAAUUAAAUUCUGAAAAAAAUAUAAGUAAAAGAAAAUCAAAAAAACAGGCGGAAGAAAAAUUUCAAAGUAAUGAUUGCAAAGAAAAUAAGAUAAAAAGCGAAGAAAAGUCAAAUAAAGAAAAGUUAACUAUAGAGGAUAAUGAGAAAAAAGCAAACCUUAAACAGCGGAUAAAUCAAAGUCAGAAAUCUUUGGUAAAGGCCGUUGAUAAAAUUUCUGAGGUAGAAAACAUUGAAGAUAACAUUAAUUUUAAAAAAAACAUGGCAAAAACUUUAGAGUUAAUUGAGAAAAGAGAAAAAGAAAGUAAUCUUAAAAAAUCAAAAGAUAACUAUCCUAAAAUUCUUCAGAAGUCUACAGAUAUUGUGAAAAAGAAAAGAAGUGUCAGAGAUAGUAUUAAAAAAAUUGCGAUAAAAGUUAUGAAAAAGAGUUGUAGUAGUGAAAGAGAUACAAAUGAUAAUAAGAAAGAAUAA